AUGGAGCUUUCAGAUCGCUUGAUUAUCUCCAAACCUCUCUACUUCACAGAACCGAAUGAGAAAUGUGGGUAUUGCGGUGGUAAGAAGUCCGAGAAAUAUGACUAUUUCGCUUCUGAUUCGUGGUGGAACUUGCACGAAGCCGAUGCUGAAUCACUACAGUUCAACAACUGUACAAUGGGUUUACAAGUGGAGUUGAUGCCCAUGGAUGUGUACGAUGAGUUGUGCAACCUAGGGUUCCGCAGGUCGGGCAACUUCUUGUACAAGGCGGAUCUACUGAGAAACUGCUGCCGCCUUUAUACUAUUAGAACGACGCCGGAGAAGUGUGAGAUGACCAAAGAACUCAAAACGUGCGUGUCGCGAUUUCGAAAGCGUGUCGAAUCAUCGCAGAUGAAUGGCUCUACAGCCCAGCGAAAGCAAAAGAGCAAAAGCCAACAAACCAAGUUUGAUUACAUCCAGGAAAUUAUACAAGCUGAGUUAGGAAGCUCGAAUUUUCGGACACGGUUCGAACCCGCCAUGUUUACUAUGGAGAAAUAUCAAUUAUUCGUCAGAUAUCAGGAAACUGUGCACAAUGACUUCAAGAACUCUAUUAAGGCCUUCAAAAGAUUUUUGUGCGAAUCGCCGUUCCCCGAGGAUGUUGUAAUGGGUACUCAGGAGGAAUGGGACCAGCUGAACAACUGGCAUAAUAUGAAAUCAGAUGAAACACUGAAAAGAGUCGGGCCGGCCCACGAGUGUUACUACUAUGAGGACAAGCUUAUUGCCAUCGCCGUGUUGGAUUUUCUGCCCAGUGGAAUAUCGUCCGUGUACUUCAUCUGGGAUCCAGAUUAUCCACGCUGGUCUCUUGGUAAACUUAGUGCGCUGCGGGAGCUGAGCGUUUUAUCGAAAAUUAACCGACAAUAUUACUAUUUAGGUUACUACGUCGACGAUUGCCCAAAAAUGAAGUAUAAACGCAAAUAUGGCGGUGACAUUUUGGAUGUGUGCAAUAAUGAGUAUGUGCCCUUAAACCUUGUGGCCCCCCUGGUGGAGCACGGUAAGCUAUUUGUGCUGGAUCACGAAUCUCAACAUCAAGAUGACGAUGAAGAUGAAGAUGACGAGGACGAGGGUAUUGAAGAAGCUGAUGAUUCCAGCAUUGCCAAGGACGCUUUGUUCGAGUUACCCAUGGACAGUGUGCCGAGACUCAAAAUGACCGGACCGACUGUCAAUAUUGUAGACCGCAUAUAUGGCGAAAACGGCGGUGCAGUAAUGUCAGCUAACGAAGCUGUUGAGAAGCUCGUGGAUUUGGGAAUUGAAUACACACCCACGAUCAUAAACGAUCUUUACCGCCCCAAGUCACUUCACACCUUCUCCGCUAGUUCGGAACCCGAACUCCGGUAUGAGGCCGAUGACGGUGAUGUUCCGGGUUAUACCAAUGAGAUCUAUCACUUGCCCAACGUCGUACCAGGUCUUUUGCCCUUGUGGCAAAUACUGCAAAUAAUCGAAUCAGGAGACAUUACAAGGCUAAAUAACAAGCUUAUGUUGUACAACGUUCGCAGUGGGCAAAUACGUUUUGUUACUGAUUUUCAAGCUGAGUCCAAGCGUACCAAGCGUGUAAUAUGCAAUGUCAUUCGAAUGAUUGGCCUGAAGAGUACAGCUAAAAGUCUCAUAAUUAUAUGA